AUGUUGAGGAUUCUGGUCCCGAUACACCCACUGUCUCUACUGCUGCUGCAGCUGGCACAGCCGUUACAGUCUAAAAGGAGAAGCCAUUAUCACAUGGAGCCUGAUGAAAUGUACAACUACGAUGAAGCUGUACGAGAAUUUUUUGGUAGUGGUCCUACCAAACCGCCUGUCAGAGAAAAAUUCAUUAACGAUUUCCUUAUUGGGUCAGAAAGGCCAUUAUAUGAUUCCCUCUUCUGCACUGACACAAUCUUGCUAAAAAGUGUGCACCAUAAGUCUCGUUGUAUGGCAGAACAUUAUUUCAUCGUAAUGCCUUACAAUGAGGUGGAAAAAAUAUGUUAUACUAGGUUUGCUGAAUGUAAAGAUGGAAUUAAGAAAUGUAACAGAGGUAGGGAGCUCAUAGAAGGAGUCUAUUGUAAAUUAACAAAAGGUACCAAAAUGCCUGAGUGUCAAUAUGAUUCAUUUUAUAAGAAAGGGCUUGCUGUAAUUACUUGUAAAUGGGCAAAUAUUUUCGAAGAACUUAUUCCUGUUACUGUAAAUGAGAUCAAGGAGUUAGAAUAA